AUGCAGUCAAACCAGAGGCACCCGACGACUCUUCCUCACCGCAGGGCUCCAGUGCCCAAAUUGAGCCUCGUCACGUCCCUUGCGUCGCGGCCUAGGAGCGAGGUUCCGCACACAACCACCGCUAGCCUUCUGGCCAAGCCACUCAUUUUAUCGGAUCCAAACGCCCAAAGGCCAGAGUUGUACUCGCAGCAGCUACGGGAUCUGGCGAGCACGCCCCCAACGGUGACUGCCACGGCGACCCGCAACGUCAAUGCUUCGUUUUUAGAUGACCCGACGCCAAUUGAACCCGAGAUGGCCGACCAACACGCGUCCAGAGCGCUGCGGGACUCUCACGACCUCUCGCUGUCGCCCCGCAACAUCACUCGGGAUUCCCUCGUGAAUAACAUGCUCUUGUCCCUCGACCAGUUCUCGUUGGGACAGACUACUACUUCCACUUCCGGCGGCUUAUUCGGCGGCAAGGCGCUGACAUACGACGAUCCGAGACCCUGGGCCAACGAUACCACCUUCUCACGCGGGAGGGGUGCCAACACGGGCAGACACCAUUACUCCUAUAGCUCGGACUACGACGACGACUCUACUCGCACCUCUGUCCAGCUGCCCAGGGCUGACGACCGAAACCGAAGUCGACGAAGAAGAAGCAACAGCAGCUCGACCUUCCAGGCACCUUUUCCUACCAUUAACAAUAAUAACAACAACAACAUCAACAACAACAACCCGCGAGACUUCACGCAGCGAACACAAUCAGGGCCUGCGCCGCACGACUACUAUUCUCGACCUCGAGCCGGCACCAAGGGUAGUACCAGCACCAGCGGGAGCAUCGACGCGGGCUACCCCCAAAAUAUCGCCGGGCCAUCGAGCUCGGCUCGCGGUGGCUUCAGGCGAUCAGCGAGCUUUGAUUUCGGUCCUCCGCAGAUGCAGUCGCAGCCAUUGAUGUCCCCGUUCCACCUUGAAUUCCCGAACAAUCCCGUGUCUGACGAUUACGGCGCUGCACCAACGCCCACAAUUCCUGGAGGGCCACGUCGUGUGCCGUCCAACCUGGCUAUCCCUCACGCAUCACCCUAUCCAACCGAAUAUCCGAGCCUCGAACGCAAUCGCAGCCCGGUUCGUUCCGUUAAUAGCUCCUCGGGACGCACCAAACGACCAGUCAACAACCAGUCGGUAGCACCUGCCAUGGCUCUAAGCGACUUUGAUGCCGCUCCGGCACCCAGUGUCAGCUAUGGGAAGUCUAAGGAACAGCAACUUGCUGCCUCGCAGUCUGCUGGAGCGCUUUCACAACCCAAGGAGCGUCCAGGGUUCUUCCGCCGUGUUUUCGGCUCGUCUAAGAAUACCGCUGCUCCCACAGAUACUUCGGCACCGCGUUUGACCAACCAAACUAACAGCCCAGCCCAGCCCCCCAAAGACAUUCAACCAGCACCGCAGUCACAGCCUGUGCUGCAGAAGAAGCCAUCUUCCUUCUUCCGUCGACGCAAGAAGUCCAUUGCUGAUGAAGCUCCACCACUGCCAGGCGAUGUUCCCCCGCUCCCUCCCCUCUCUGCCGAUUUCGAUCGACCAGCUAGUCCUGCUAGCAGCCUGAGACAGAUAAUGAAUCCAUACUUGAAAGAGAGUGCUAUGCCGGCAAAUCCUCUGGGGGAUAUUACCAACAGGGCGGCGACCUCAGCGGUUGAAGACGACGACGAUGACGACAGACCGGAAUUCCAGCGAGACUUUUCCCCUGAUUAUGAACCAAGUCCAAAUGCAAAGAUUAGAGCAGUUCAUAAUUCUGAUUCAGACCAAGAAAAAUCAUCUACCGACAUGGCCAAUCGUCCGAGCAACGGGCUCAAGCAUAGGAACAACUCCUUCUUGGAUCUCGACGGCGGCAGCGACAACGAAGACCUCCCUAUUCAACAAAGGGGAACGAAUUCAUCAGCACUUGAUAAGGAGAACGAUGCAAGAUUAGCCUCUCCUUCCGCAUACAAGAACAGGGAUUCUACCGGCACUAUCCGCGCGAAGAAAUCACCAUAUCUUGAUGAUCAAGAAAAGCCAAACGGCGGCCCUGUUCGCCCCACAGUCACGAUCCCGGCAGACGCACACCGGUCGACAUCCUUCGCUUCAGCAUCGACUGAUGAUGGAGAUUAUAAAACCGCUCCGAGCACAAGCGGGCCCCCAAGUGUUCGUAUCGAAAGAACGAGCGUGUCAAGUCCAAAGGGGCUGGGAACUCUCGACUUCCUUAAAAACCGAGAUUUAGACGAACCCGAGUUCGUCAUUGGCGAGCCAACUGAGGACGACCAACAAAAAGCGCAGCAAAUAUACGACGGAGUUGAAGACUUCAUCCCCAAGGAGAAGGCUGCUUCUUGGAUGGGUGAAGAGGGCCCCAUUCGUCAGCGGACUUUAAAGGCGUACAUUGAGCUGUAUGACUUUACAGACCUGAGCAUACUUAGUGCGCUGCGCAAAGUGUGUGGCCGUUUAAUCUUGCGCGGCGAGACGCAGCAAGUUGAUCGCAUUCUGGUGGCAUUUUCCAAACGGUGGUGCGAUUGCAAUCCCAACCAUGGCUUCAAAGCGACUGAUGUCAUCCACACCAUUUGCUAUUCAAUCAUGUUACUUAACACCGAUCUGCAUAUGGCAGACAUAGAGCAGAAGAUGACUCGCAGCCAAUUUGUGAAGAAUACUUUAACAACAAUCACCCAAGCUGUUGAGGAAUCUGUUCCUGAUGCCUUUGAGCGCCCCAGCAUUUUACCUGACAGGGGUUCCGCGCUUCAUGAGGGAGUGCGGCCGUCAAUUGACCCUCAAGACAAGAGGUCUUUCCGAAACUCAUUCCGCCCUCAGCCUCGCGCCGAAGCUCAGGGUGGAGACGCCAACGACGAAUGCGGACCACUGGUCAAGACAUCCUUCUUUGGUCCGAUGAAGGCUUGGGAAGAGCAAAUAGAGAUAGUUCUGAAGAGCAUUUACAACUCAAUCCGAGACGACAAACUGCCACUCUUUGGGGCAGAGCCAGAAAGGCACCUCAAUACCAUGCCAUCACAAAGUAGUCUUUCUGUCAUGGGUAUGCUGAAGAGGAGCCCCAGUGUUCUCAGCAAGGCGCCCUCUGAGAGUCAAAUGUCAACGCGAGGCCGACUUGCCGACAACAGCCGCAAUCCUGGCUCGCGAUGGGCCUCGAAAAGUCGAUCACGGCCAGGGCUUGGGCGCAAUGGAUUCAACUCGAGCCGAACAAGCUUCGACGACGCAAACUCACUGUGGAGCCCAGCAAUGUCAUCGGCGACUUGGAGUCGCUACUCUCUGGGCCGGACUCAGGGCUCCAUGUCCCAAGAUUCGUUUGGUUCAGCAAUGCCCCGAGGUGAUUACCAGCAAUCUAUUGGGUUUGCAAAUGCUCUCAGCCAGGCCAUCGUACGGGACGAAGAUGCAAAUGGUAAUGAUAGCAUGUCCCUGAUGAGCGCCGAGGUGCCUGCCACUCAACUGCUGGACGAUGAAUCACUAGAACUGGCUGGUCCUCCAUGGAUGAAAGAAGGCAGAGUAAUGCAUAAGCAUCACUUGGAUGGCGUAGGCAAGAGGGCGAAGGAACGAAACUGGACCGAAGUCUUUGCCGUCAUCCAAAGAGGCCAGAUGAGUCUCUUUUCGUUCAACGCGCCCAAAUCAACACGGCAAAAGAGCCGCACAAGGAAUGCAGAAAAGGUCAACGUCCCAGUCGGCGGUGGUAACUGGCAAGAUAAUGCCGUCAGCUUGGGUACGUUUAACUUGCGAUUGACCCUGGCAUCGGCACUCCCGUCUCCAGGUUACUCACGAUCAAGGCCGUACGUGUGGGCGCUGAGCUUGCCCACUGGUGCUGUGCACCUUUUCCAAGUCGGAACUCCUGAAAUUAUCAAGGAGUUUGUGAAUACAGCCAAUUACUGGAGUUCCCGUUUGAGCACACAUCCGCUGAUCGGUGGCAUAAGCAACAUCGAAUAUGGAUGGAGCGAUGCGAUUAUUAAUAACUCGCUCAUUGGGGCUGCUAACGAUAAUGCUUCUAUCAUGAGUGGCGGCCGAAACUCACGCCCAGGCAGCCGUGCCACUCAUGGUCGUCAAUCCAGUGUUCAAAGUGUUACUCUGCCUUCAUCCAGCAUGGAUCAUGGAUCCGGAGCGUUGACCCAGAGCGCCGGACGCGGUAAACUUCCCGGAGAUCGUAUCACCAUUGCCGAGUGGGCGCCGCCGACACAAAGUAUGCGACCAAGCAACUUGCCCGAAACAGAGCAGCUAGAGACAUUAACCGCAUAUGUCAAGAGUAUUGAGGAUGAUUUACAAAACCACAACCAGCUUCGUAGCCCUAUGCUACUUGCUUUUACGCCUAGGGGCAGUAACGCAAAUAAGGCCAUGGCAAACUGGGAGCGCAAGAGCGCAUAUUUACUGAGGGAGAUUGUCAAAUUUAGAACAUACGUGGAUACUCUUCAGCAAUCAGAAAGCAGAAGAAGAGAGAUUCAUAAGGAGCGAGACUUGGCUCGACGGGCGGCUAGAGGCGAGCUUAAUGAAGGCGAUAUGGAUCUCAGCGACGAGGAAGGCGAUGAGACAUUGCGUCCUUGA